AUGUGCAACUACAUGUGGUACCAUCACAGAAAUGAAUACUCAUGGCAUUUGCAGUAUGUCAAACCGACUCGUCCAUUAAACGCCUCAGUACCGUAUGACUAUUUCUUCACCGAAGUUAAGCCAAAGGAAAAGAUUCCACAUCCGCGCUCUUCGAUACACAUACGCCACUUCAUGCUCAAUGGAAAAUACAUGGAUACAGUAGUGCCAACGGCACGUUUUGUCAAUGACACGUUGGUUGAAGGCUUAUGUUAUUCUUUCAGAAUAAAACUCUGUGGCGACCUAUGCAGGGAAUAUAAUCAAACUAACAUUCAUGUCAACUUGUUCAAUUUCGAAAACUAUGAUUGGCUAUGGGAUAGUCGCUGUAUGGAGAAACAAAUCGAGCAUUACAAAAAUGUAACAGAUCUUUUCAACGAAACGUUUUUCUAUAUGGACUCGAGUGAGGAAGUAUGCUAA